AUGGCUAAAGCAACAUUUUCUCUUGCUUUUCUCCCACUUCUUGUUAUGUUUUUGUUCUUCAAUUCAGGAAUUCAGAAGCAGGCAAAUGCAGCAGAUGCGGUAAAAACCUGGUGCGUGGCAAAACCAUCUGCAAAUGAAACACAAUUAGGCUCAAACCUUGAAUUUGCUUGUAGCCAAAUGAAAGACGGGUGCAAGGAGAUAGAAUUUAACGGUCCUUGCUACAUGCCUAAUACUACCAUUAGUCGGGCAUCAUAUGCCAUGAAUCUCUACUACGCAUUAAAUGGCAGAAACCCCUGGAACUGUGACUUUUCAGGCACUGGUCUGGUCACUACAACCGAUCCAGGCUAUGGCCCUUGCGUUUAUGCUUAG